AUGGAAGGUUCAUCCGAGACACGAAAGAGAAGUGUUAAGGCCGAUGCAGGUGAUGUAGCUGUUGAGUUAACAGAUGUGCAGAAGAAAAAUGGUGAUACAAAUGGAAUGGAGAUAAUGCACGAGAAGUUAGAAUACGUGCCGUCCGGCUGGUUUGAGAAGACCAUGUCCAAUAUAGGCAGUUCCACGGAGACUUUCGUGAAGGAAAACAGUUCCGCGAUGAAGGUCAUAUUGAUUUUCAUCCUUAACGGCAUAGUGAUAGGAUUCUUUUUCGGCUGUUUGUAUUAUUGGCUGAAUUACAGUAAUGAACCAUUAGAGUUAUGCUACGGUUUCGGAAGUCUUAUAGCUUUCCUUAGCAUAGUGUACUUCUUCAUAAUAUAUUUUCAAAUCGUCAAGAGGUUUUUUGGAAAAUGGUUUGAGCGAGUUAUUUGGAAUCGAAUAGAGGAAGCGACUAGUCCGCUUUGGAAGUUUGUUUGGUUUCCAUGGCUGAUCUCAGCUGCAACAUUAGCAGCCAUUGGAGUGUUUCUAUAUUUCGACACGAGAGGCGCCACCGACCGUUUGACGCCGCUCAUAGCCAUGGCUUUCUUACUCUUUGUUGGAUUUAUAUUUUCGGCUCAUCCAGGACGGGUGAACUUCCGCACAGUGCUUAUGGGUCUACUUAUACAAUUCUUGUUCGGAUUAAUUUUUAUACGAUGGGACACUGGGAGACUAGCGUUACAAUGUUUUUCGAAUAAGGUAGCCACCUUUUUGUCAUACGGAGUGGAUGGUGCUGCAUUUGUAUUUGGAGAUCUCCUAGUCAGGACUGAGGGAGUUUUUGCUUUUAGUACCCUACCAGUAAUUUUCUUCUUCAGUAUGUUAGUGGAGGUGCUGUUCUUUUGGGGCGCGCUUCAGUGGUUCUGCUUGAAGCUGGGGCAUCUGCUUCGAGCCGCGACCAACACCACUGUUUGUGAGAGCGUCAUUGCCGUGGGAAAUAUUUUCCUCGGAAUGUCAGAAUCAAUCCUUCUGGUCAAGCCCUACUUGCCGCUUUUAACGCCAUCUGAACUCCACGUUAUUCUAUCUUCUGGAUUCGCUACAGUUUCUGGUACGAUAUUGGCAGCAUACAUAGGAUUCGGAGCUGAACCAGCACACCUGGUGACGGCAAGUGUGAUGUCAGCCCCAGCAGCUAUCUGCUACUCGAAACUUCUAAUGCCAGAGACGCGGAGAUCCUUGACAAGAGUUGAUAACAUUCAGCAGGUGGAAAGACAAGAUCAGUCAGCGCUCUCCGCUGCCACACGAGGUGCUACCAAUGGCAUAGCCCUAGUCCUGAACAUCAUUGCGAACCUGGUGGCAUUUGUAGCUGCGGUCGCGUUUUUCAAUGGAGUGCUGAGUUACUGCGGUGGACUCUUGGGCAACCCCGACUUGAACCUCGAGUGGAUUUUGGGGAAAGUGUUUAUUCCACUAUGCUGGAUGAUGGGAGUACCCUGGGAGGAAUGUGAACUGGUGGGUUCCCUUAUCGGCUUGAAAACGGUUGUCAAUGAGUUCGUGGCUUAUCAACGUAUGGGGGAAAUGAAGAAGGAAGGUUUAUUGUCUGGCCGUUCGGAGUUGGUGGCUACGUAUGCCCUAUGCGGAUUCACGAAUCCAUCAUCAGCCGGGAUCAUGAUCGGUGCCGUGGCCGCUAUGGCUCCUCAACAACGAGAAACACUCUCAUCUUUGGCGUUACGAGCUUUCUUUGCUGGAUGUGGUAUCUGCUUCCUAAAUGCAUCUGUGGCAGCUCUUCUAAUGCCUGAAGGUUCAUUUGGAUAA